CCCAUGGCUCACGUGGGAUCUUUGGUGGGUCCCGAAGCUGCACGGGAGAAUCUUCUUCGGGCCAACCCGCAGUGGAGGGUUCCUGGAGCUGAGGAGAGGAACCCAGCUAUGAUGGCCCAAUAUUAUCUGAAUGAGGCUGUUUUCUGGUCCUCGUUCGCUUCCGAGUGUAGCUCGGUUGAGGAGAGGCAACUGAGGAGGUAUCAGGAGGCUUAUGCUCGUGAUAUCCCUGUCUUGGACCAGAAGGCUGGGCAGCUCAUGGCCGAGAUGGUGGAGAUCAAGCAACUGUACCUUCAGUACAGUCGUGAGGCUAGGGAAGCGGCGGAACAGAUCGGGGCCGAAGUUGGGAAAAAUCAGAAUUCCUUCUUUUUGUAA